AUGUCCGUCAUCAACUCGCCCACAGCGAUACUCUCUCCAGGAUCAAGCGGCAUCCCACAACAAUUCCAUACUGCCAGCAGCCAACGCGACUUGGUGACAAAACGAAGCGCAACCUGGAGGUACCUCCAGCGGGUCCAUCAGGGCGGCAUGGUCCUCUACAACACAGCCGUCCUCUCCGAGGUUGACCUCCGGCAGGGGUACCCAUACAAUGAUGAGAAAAUGCAGCGGAGGACGAUGCAGUACUUUAUACUGGGUUCGUCUCUGGCGACCAUUCUAGAGAUCCCUGGCCAAGCCGACUGUCUCAAGGCAUUACAGGUUGUUGUCCAAGAAUACGAUUACUUUAUCGCCUCCGAGUCCAAAUCCAAAAUGGCGUUACUGGAGGGCAAGUCGUUCGAGGAGACGGGAGAGUAUUCACAACUGGACGUUCGACCAUUGCCUUUUCAAUUGGACUAUAUUAUCACAUUCGCAUCCCUGUGCGACAUGAUCGCCCAAGUCUACGAAAAGCUGUCAGGACAUGAAAACAUCUGGAACAUGCAAACCCUCGACCUCUUCCAGCGUGUCGACAAUCGGUUCAAGAAAAUACUGGCGACAGUAUCAAAGGAACUGGAAGUGAUGGCGAGGGAUGUUAUGGUCGACGAACUCAACAGCAUGGAUCCAUUAGGCGGUACGACCGAGGACUGGGGAUUCUAA